UUCCAAGUUCAAACCAAUUCACGAUUAAAUCUUCAUCAGCCUCACUUCAAUUACUUUGAAUCCAAUUCUCAAAUUCCUUUCUUUGUACAAAUCUAAGCUUUUUCUUGUCCGGGUUGUUCUUGAAAUCUUGGUUUCAUUUUUGGUAUGGAUGAAAUCGAUGUUCCUCCAUUUUUCAUCUGCCCCAUUUCUCUCGAGUUUAUGAAGGAUCCUGUUACGGUUUCAACAGGGAUUACGUACGACAGGGAAAGCAUCGAGAAGUGGUGGUUUUCAGGGAAGAACACUACAUGCCCUGUUACGAAGCAAGUUAUUGUUGAUUGUGAACUUACCCCGAAUCAUACCCUUAGAAGAUUGAUUCAAUCUUGGUGCUUGUUAAAUGCUUCUCAUGGAAUCGAAAGAAUCCCAACGCCAAAACCACCUAUUAGCAAAGCUCAGAUUAUCAAGCUUCUCGAUGAUGCUAAGUCACCACAGCAACAAAUCAAGUGUCUCAAGAGGCUUCAAUCGAUUGCUUCUCAGAAUGUUACAAACAAAAGAUGUAUGGAAUCUUCAGGUGCAGUUGAGUUCUUGGUUUCAAUUGUGAGUAAUAAUGAUUCUACAGUAGCUGAAGAAUCAACAAUUGAUGAGGCUUUAAGUAUUCUUUACAGUCUCCAACUCUCAGAAGCUGCUCUGAAGAAGCUUAUGGCCAAAAAUGGUGAUUUCAUAGUGUCAUUAACGAGAGUAAUGCAAGGUGGAAGCUAUGAAUCACGCGUUUUUGCAGUAUUGUUGUUGAAAUCAAUGGUGGAGAUGGCUGGUCCAAUGCAACUCAUCAAUUUGAGACCUGAAUUAUUCGUUGAAUUAGUCAAAGUUUUGUGUGAUCAAAUUUCUCAGCAGGCCACUAAAGCUGCUCUAAAAUUGUUGGUCUAUACCUGUCCAUUGGGAAGAAACAAGAUUAAAGCAGCUGAAGCAGGCGUGGUACCGGUCUUGAUCAACAUGCUUCUUGAUUCAUCAGAGAAAAGGGCUUGUGAGAUGAUACUAACAGUGUUGGACGCAGUAUGCGGAUGUGCCGAAGGCCGAUUGGAACUGAUAAGCCAUGGAGCAGGGCUUGCAAUUGUUUCAAAGAAGAUACUUAGGGUCUCUCAGGUUGCAAGUGAAAGGGCAGUGAGGAUUUUGCUAUCAAUUUCAAAGUUCUGUGCUACCAUUAAUGUGCUACAAGAGAUGCUGCAAUUAGGUGUUGUGACUAAACUAUGCUUGGUACUUCAACUGGAUUGUGGAUAUAAAACAAAAGAGAAGGCAAGAGAGGUGCUGAAAUUGCAUGCUAGAGUAUGGAAGAAUUCCCCUUGCUUACCUACCUAUUUGCUCUCUUCUUACCCAGCUUGAUUUCAAUCACCAAUUGUAUUUUUGUACAUAAUUGUUCAUUGAUAAAUCAGAUACGAAAAGCAACAUAAAAUAUAUGAUAUUAUUUCAUCACAAA